AACUUUGACCCCGCUACUUGAAGCAUAUAUAGAGCGUGCCCGCCUCACUCUGCCCUGCACUUGGGCCGCCCCAUCCACUCUGCCAGACCAGCCGACUCCCGGAAGGUCCCACCGCACCAUCUCCAACAUGCCGUUCACGUCCAACAACAACUUGCCGGUGCCACUAUCGGAAAUCAAACUAAGCAUCGAUGAGGCACAAAAGUCCCCCGAGAAGGAACUGCCGGCAGUUUCCAAUGCUGCCUCGACCACAGAUUUACUCCACCAUGAUGAUCUCGCCAUUGAGGAUCCAUGGGCCCUACCGGAACUGGAGGGGUCCGGCCCCUCAUGGAAAGAGUUGAAUACAAAGCAGAGAAUCAAGCGAGUCGUUAUGGGAAUAGUAAAAGGCUGUCUUCUCCUGGGCUUCCUCUACUUCUUCGUCUGCUCCUUGGAUGUACUGAGCUCUGCCUUCCAGCUGGUGGGAAGUAAACUGACAGGUGAUAUAUUCAGUGAUAACGAAAUCCUGGCCAAUCCUAUCGCUGGACUUGUUAUUGGGGUGUUGGUUACAGUCUUGGUGCAGAGCUCCAGCACAUCCUCUUCCAUCAUUGUCAGCAUGGUAUCAUCUGGAUUGCUGAACGUGAAAGCUUCCAUCCCCAUCAUAAUGGGCGUAAAUGUUGGCACAUCUGUCACCAGUACCUUGGUAUCCCUGGCGCAAUCUGGAAACCGAAAUGAGUUUCGCCGGGCAUUUGGCGGUUCUGCUGUACAUGGCAUUUUUAACUGGAUGACGGUCAUAGUGUUGCUGCCCGUUGAGCUUGGCACUGGAUAUCUCUACCACAUCUCUAAAGCCAUCAUCAACAGUUUCAACAUCAAUGCAGGGGGACAAGCCCCCGAUAUCUUAAAAGUCAUUACGGAGCCCUUCACUCAUCUGAUUAUACGGCUGGACAGUUCGGUCAUUUCCGGAAAUGCCAUUGGAGAUCCUGAGACAAAAAAUAAGAGCCUGAUCAAGCACUGGUGCGUGACGGAGUCCAACACGGUCACCCAAAAUGUCUCCGUGUCCAACAUGACCGAGUGCAACAUAUUUCAGUGCUUCGAAACAGAGAACGGAACGUUCCGGGAAAUGAACAUCACUAUAAAGGAAAACAUUGAUAAAUGCACGCACAUUUUCGUUAACACCAACCUCUCUGACAUGGCCGUCGGCUUCAUUCUACUGACGGCCUCCCUGUUGGUCCUGUGCGCAUGUCUCAUCCUCAUCGUCAAAUUGCUAAACUCUGUCCUGAAGGGGCAGAUUGCUCAGGCAAUUAAGAAGAUCAUCAAUGCAGAUUUUCCGUUCCCGUUUACAUGGCUAAGUGGAUAUCUGGCCAUUAUUGUUGGUGCGGUAAUGACCUUUGUGGUGCAAAGUAGCUCUGUGUUCACUGCUGCGAUCGUUCCAUUGAUCGGCGUGGGGGUCAUUAGCAUGGAGAGAGCCUACCCGUUGUUCCUGGGGUCCAACAUUGGUACCACCACCACCGCAGUGUUGGCGGCUCUAGCCAGUCCUGCCGAUGCCCUCAGCAAUUCCGUGCAGGUUGCCUUCAUCCACCUGUUCUUCAACCUCACGGGAUUGGUUCUCUGGUACGUCGUACCAUUCCUGCGCCUCCCCAUUCCUGUAGCCAAGAUAUUCGGAGACAUCACAGCCAAAUACCGCUGGUUUGCUGUCCUCUAUCUUCUCCUCAGUUUCCUCAUCAUACCGCUGGCAAUCUUCGGCCUUUCUAUGGCUGGCUGGAUUGUGUUGGCUGCUGUCGGAGGUCCCAUCCUCUUUGUGGUCAUUGUGGUCAUCAUUGUGAAUGUUCUGCAGAAGAAGGUCCCCAAGUGCUUGCCGCCAUUCCUGAGAGACUGGGGCUUCUUGCCGACCUGGAUGCACUCCCUGGCCCCUCUGGACAGAUUAUUUAGCUCUGUCUGCGGCUGCUGUUGCAAAAAGUGUAACAAGAGCGAGGAAGAGAAGCCAAAGGAGCAACUCCCUGCAGACCUGUCGUUGGGUGACAUGCACUGCUAUGACAAUCCUGAUUUUGUUCAGUCACAGAGUCUAUGAGGGCGACACCAGUCACCUACAUGGAGGACUAACCAAUGAACUGCUUUUCCCACCAACACCAACUCCCCACCCAAAACUAUUUAUGUAUUUUUGUACAGUUUUUUUUUAACAUGACAAUAACGUGCUGCAUAAAGCCAUAGCCUUAAAGAGAUAGAGGAUGAGCUGGUUUUGGCUAAAUAAUUUCACUUAUUAUGAUAGUGUCCAUGUGGGUGAAAGCUGGGCCCAUUAGCAUUAAGCCCAUUGCAACCUCCUCUGGGUAAGCAACAUCGCCCCCCUCAGUACUCAUACAGAUAUACAGCUCCAAAUCUCUGUUCUUCCAGCUGCUUGACAGGCGGGUCGGGCAGUGGUGUUGGGUUUGGUCAUUUCUAUACAGCGAGGGACUAGUGGGGCUUGAACAGUCAAAUAUUUGUUAUGGUGCUUGUGUCCUGCUGAAACAAGAUGGAGGAAUGGGCAAUAUCAUUUAUCAAAUCUCCCACCUGUCAUCCAUUGGCUGGGAGUGGGCAUCACUUGGCAUAAGGCUGUGGAAUGGGCAGAAAGUAUCAACAAGUAGGCAAAAUAUGCAUCUUAGUAAACCAAGGAUUUCCAACCAGUAGCAACAAAGGCUUCACUACCAGCUUGAAAGGGGUAUUCAGAUCCUGCCUUUGGGUACUGGAGUCCAAGUAGGAUGUCCAAACUUGUUAUUAUCCUACCUGUAUGGGCUUGUGGUCCUCCUUACGUCCUGCUGAUUGGCUGCUCUAUUCCCUGUGGUUGUGACGUAAAGGACACAUGGAAUAUUUUCCACCGAAGACCAGAGAACGAAGCUGGACAUCUCUGUAAUUAUAAAAAAGCUCCACUGGGCAACCAUACACUGUUCUCUCUGGUCCUCAGACAUCAACGUCCUCCUGUUUGAACACUGGGAAGAGAGCAGCCCAGAUGCCAGUAGUGGAAGUCGUAUGGGUUUAUCUGUAGCUCAGGUGGGUCGUCUCGGAAUGUGAUUCCAGGCAGGAUGGAGAGGAGCUCUAGCCAGUGGCUAUUUUACAGAGGAAAACUUACCGUUUUACAAAGAUGGUGCUAGGGUUUUUUUUUGCCCCUUUUAUACCCCCCAACAACUGAUAAUGAGAUUUCUGUUCAGGGCUAAGCGACUCACAGCGACUUGUAUGGGCGUAUGGGAGAAGCUCCGCCCCAUGGUAAUAUAAGAGCAUAUAUAAUAAAUCACAUAUAGGUAUUUCACCUGCAAACACAUGCUUCUGCCCCCAAACAUAAGAGGAAAUCAUAGCAGUGAGCUGCAGACGACAGGGUUUUAGCCGUGCCCUUUAUCCUUGGGGAAGAUCCUGUCACGUUUGGUUCUUUUGCUUACAGCGCCUGUGAAAUAAAUGGCACAAUAUGACUGCAUUAAAGGAAAUUUAAAGCUA